UCCAGUAAACCCCACCUAGUUUCAACGAAAACAAGGCAGGGAAAGAAAAUUAGACGAUCGGGGUGCGGAAGGGCUUGUGUGGCUGCGGGGAAGUCUGAGAGCCACAGAAACAUUAGAAGACCAUGUGGUUAUUUUAUGUGGUGGCCUUGCUGGGCUUCUAUUUCCUGCUCCGUUGGUACCGUGAGAAGCAGAUUUUGACAAACCUGACAGAGAAAUAUGUCUUCAUAACUGGCUGUGACUCUGGCUUUGGCAAUCUCUUGGCUAAGCAGUUGGAUGUAAAAGGCCUUCGGGUCUUGGCAGGUUGCCUGAGCCAGCAGGGAGCAGAGAAGCUGAAGGAGGCCACAUCAGAACGGUUGCAGACCAUCCUCCUAGAUGUCAACAACACAGAAAGCGUGAACAAAGCAAUGGAAUGGGUGAAAGCCCAAGUGGGUGACAAAGGACUUUGGGGAUUGGUGAACAACGCUGGCAUUUCUACUCCCACCGCACCAAAUGAGUGGUUGACCAAGGAGGAUUUCAAGAAAAUCAUAGAUAUCAAUCUACUUGGGUUGAUUGAUGUGACCAUACACAUGCUGCCAUUGUUGAGACAAGCCAAGGGACGUGUUGUUAAUGUUGCCAGCAUAAUGGGCCGAUUAAGUUUCUUUGGCGGAGGCUAUUGUCCUUCAAAAUACGGGGUGGAAUCUUUCUCUGAUAGUCUCAGGAUUGAGGUCUCUAACUUUGGAGUGAAAGUCUGCGUAAUAGAGCCAGGUUACUUCCGAACUGCAAUCACCAAUGAUAAAAACUUGCACAACAACUUCAGGAGCGUCUGGGAGCGUCUUCCGAAGGAGAUCAAGCAAGUGUAUGGAGUGUCUUAUUAUGAAAAAAUGCUCAAAGGAGUGAAUGAGAUGCAAGCCAACUGCUCUCCUAAUCUUUCUCUGGUCACCAACUGCAUGGAACACGCACUGACUGCUGUGCAUCCCCGGUUCCGCUACUCACCUGGUUGGGAUGCCAAACUCUUUUACCUCCCUCUGAGCUACAUGCCCACUUAUGUAUCAGAUCUAGUAUUCUUGAAAACUUACCCCAAACCAGAACAGGCCAUUUAGGGUGGAGGGAUGUUAGAUUCUAAGAGAGAAGUCUGACACUGAUGGGCUGGGCCUGGAAACCUAUUGUUUUUAAAACCUUUCAUUCUUGUGUGGGUUUUUAUGCACUCUUCUUCCUUUUAUUGUAUGAUGCUUGUUUCCAGAAUAUAUCCUAAAUUAUCUUUCACUACC